UCUUUAUCAUAACACUCAACAACACUCUCACUGACCCUCCACUUUCCUAUAAACUACUUGUUAAGUCACAUAAAUGGCAUUUUCCCGGCCUAUACCCGACGGCAAGAUCACCGUCUCAACCACCACGACUAAGAAGCGCGAUGUCCCAAGUCCGCCGCCAAACUGCUGCGUCACGUGCCUUGCGAGGCUCAUCAGAAAAGUGAAGAGAAAGGGGAUGUUGCUGCUGUCGGCAACAGCGGCUCGAAGACAGUGUAGCUCGUUGCAAUGUCGGUACGAUCCAAUGAGCUAUUCACUGAACUUUGAUGGUGGCGCGUGUGGUACUCUUCCAGAUGAUGAGGAUUAUUAUUUCCGAUUCUAUGCGUUUUCUUCAAGAUACGUUACUGCUAAUACUAUCAAGAAGAUACCACCAUUUCUUAGAGAACCCCUCUCCACCUCUUUACAUGAAUUUGUGUAAUCUUUUUGUUAUUUGAAUUUUUUUUUCGUUUACAAAAAGCUAG